AUGGCGGACACCCAACCAUGCAUUCUGUACUACGACCACAGAUCCAUAUGCUCCUCUAUGGUUCGGUAUACGUUAGCAAAUGCAACUAGUACGUCCAAGGGCUUAUUGCCUCUGUCUUUCGAACUCCACCCGAUCGACAUCGUCAAGGGUGAGCAGCUUUCUGAGCAGUAUCUGUGCGAAAUCAACCGGAAAGGGCAGGUGCCCGUUCUACUCAGUCCGGGCUUCCUCGAUCGGCCCAUCACAGACAGUCUUGAAAUCACGCUGUGGCUGUGCGAACGGUACCCGGAACUGAGACCAGCGGAACAUGCCGAGGAGAUCGAAAAUUUGCUCCGCAAGUUACAUGCCAUCAACUUCUUUUCCAUCUCUAUGAGGGACUGCCCACAGAGGGCGAGCAUGCAGGAACAGGCGAUCCAAGCCCAAAUGAAUGUGCCGGGCUUGUCUGACAGGCACAAGAAAGCCCUGGAAUAUAAGUUGGGAGUGAACCGGGCAGAAAAAGUUGACGGGGUAAAACCGGAGGUGAUCCAGGCGGAGAUCGAGCGUACCGGUGCUCUACUCCUUGAGAUUGACAACACCAGAAACGCAAACAACACGACGAACAUGGAGGAUGCAUGGGUAUUCGGGACUGCUGCGCCAACGGCGCUGGAUACCACCUUGAUGUGUCUCGUGGCUAGAAUGAUGGACGUCGAUCUGGCCGACGUGGUCCCCGCGGCCCUGCUGCAGUUGACACAAAAGUGGAGGAACACGCCGCAGUUCAAGGACAUUUGGACGUCUUUGUAG